AUGGUCAGGAGGAACAGAGUGGGUGUUGAGACGCUGAGUGGGGGAACCGUCUCUUAUCUCUUCGUGAGCCCCCAAAGAAACUUCAGCAAGACAGCUCACUUGGUUCUCGUCUCCACGCAUGGAGUAGCAGCCAGAGCUUUCGGAGAAUACCUGUCCAAUACUAAUCCAGAGAACCACAACGGAGCAGAUCAUUUAUUGUCUGACACCUUCCCUGGCCAGGACUGCGACUCUCCAGACAUUAGCCGCUUGCAUAACAACAAUCUGCCAACACAGAGCCGCUGUUUGCCCAUAGCUAAAUCCAACAAGUCCAGCCAAUCCAAUCCCAGUGCUCAUCCACAGUGUCAGCCUCAAGUCAACACCCUCCAGGCUCAAGUACCGUCAGGCCCCUCCAAACGUCGUCUCUCUAUUGAGUGCAGCCUUUCUACCGAGGACCCACCAGGUGCCAGAGGCCCAGAGGGGAGCGUGGUGGUGGUGAAGCCAGCCAGGGUGUACACAAUCACUAGGGAAGGAGGGAUGACCCUAGGGGGCCGUGGGAGCGAGGAGAGCCUGCAACUGGAGGUCCUGAAGGGCUCCAGGGAGCAGGCCCUGUUCCAGGCCCCUACCUCUGCAAAUCACAACUCAUCCUGCACCAGCCAGCCGUCUGCCACAGCUGCCCCUGGAAUCCAUCACCAUAGUAGCCAUCACCGCAGCAACCAUCACCAUGCCCACCAGCAUCACAGUGGCACGCCGUCAUCAUCACAGCCGCUGCAGACCUCUGGCAGUGCCAACAACAUCCGGGACUUGGGGAUAAGGAGAGGGGGGUUGCGGGAAGACACCCCAGACUGUGUGGCCUGUAUUCGGGCCCCGUGUCAAAGCCAGCGCUCCCUCGACCUGGACACCUCGCCACGGGAGGAAGGGAAGCACCGCAAGAAACUGGAGAGGAUGUACAGUGAGGACAGAGCGUCUACUGAUGACAGGGAGGACAAUCCUAAUAGCUGGUUCCCCAAAGAGAAUAUGUUCAGCUUUCAGACAGCCACCACCACCAUGCAGGCAAUAUCGGCUUUCCGAGGCAUUGCUGAGAGAAAGAGGCGGAAAAGAGAGCAGGAGGCAGCUACCAUGAUGGAGAGAAAUUUCCGCAAACACCUUAGGAUGGUGGGCAGCCGCAGGAUGAAGGUCCAGACCUUUGCCGACCGCCGAGCCAAGAGUUUCAGCCGCUCGUGGAGUGACCCCACCCCUGUUAAACCCGACUCGCUGCAUGACUCCAGAGACAGUGGCGAAUUUCAGAGCUCCUCAGGGACACUAGAUGAAGGGCUGGAUGAGGAUGCCCACUGGGAGGAGGAGAGGGAGAUGGAGAGAGUGGCGUGUGAAGGAGAGGACUUCAGCCCACCUAAAAUCAUGCUGAUAUCCUCCAAGGUCCCAAAGGCUGAAUAUGUUCCCAACAUCAUUCGUAGGGAUGACCCUUCCAUCAUCCCUAUUCUUUAUUGCUGCCCAACCAGGCUACACCCCCCCUGCUACAAUACUGUCCGGGACACACUGAUGCCACAUGCUCUGGAAGAGAUGGAAGCCAAGCUGCGAGACCUACUGCAAAAGGGUGAUGGGAUUGUUCUGUCAGCUGACAUUUGGACCAGUAGAAGAGGGCACAGCUUCCUUGGCAUCGUGGCCAGUUUCAUUGAUGAGAUGUUCCGGGGACACAAGCUGUGA